GAAAUGACCGGACUGUGCUGGACUCCACCCCUCAGCUCCCCUCCCCAGCUUGGAGUGAGUAAAAGAGGGGUGGAGACAUGUGAUCUAUAUAAUAAGGUAGUUUACUCAAAAUCCAACACCAGAGUCGUGUUUUACUGAGGAAACUCACUGAAUCUCAUCUUUACCAUCUGGACAGAGUGAUCUGCACACUGACCUUCACUUCCUGCCAGCUUUGGUCACUGUCAGUCAUGCAGUCCUGCAGUUCUGCUCUCUGUAUCCUGAUCCUGAUCUCUACAUUCACUACUCUGUCUGAAUCAUGCUUUACUUCAGUGAAGGUGAAGCUUCAUGACUCUGCUGUUCUCCCCUGUUAUGGGAGAUGUUCUGUUUGGGGCAGAUGGACUGCACUCGGUAACCCUGAUGAUGUUCUGGCUGAGUGUGAUCAGACUUCAUGUAGAUCAGUGAAGGAGGGAAAUCAGAUGAUCCAUGAUCAGUACCUGAAGGGGAAUCUCUCUCUCACCAUCAGUGAUGCUGUGUUCAGUCAGAGAACCUGGUACACCUGCAAGUGUGAGAGCCACAACAUCUGUGAUGUGUCUGUACAGACUGAGCUUCCCCCUCAAAUUCACGCUGUUCUUCAUGAAUCAGUUCCUCGGGAGCGCGCAUUAGCCGAGCAGAGAUCAGCGCCAAACAAUGCUGCAACUACUUACAAUAUGGAGAUCCAGGCACAGAUAAAGGAGCUACUGUACCAGUGUGGGUUUUUGCACUGGCAGUUGCUGUGAUUGUGGUGUUAGUGGUGGUGAUCGUGUGGAUGAAGAAAUGUGGAUGAGGAAAUAAGCUCCACUGAAUGUAAGGAACUUAACUGAAUGGGCACUUUAACUACAGUCCAGAAUAAAAGAGACUGUCAUCUCCCAGUAAUAAAACUCAUCAUUACUAUUAAAUCUCUUGCUUCCAUGUAUUAUUUCUGUCUGUUUUGUUCUUUCUUUCUUCUGCUCUCUCUCAUUUCCUCUGCCAGAGUUCUGGGGUGUUUAUGGGUAUCAGUGUGGACAGUCCUGCAGCGUUUGCACUUCUUCUACAGAGCUUUCAUGUAGAAGCUUUAUUCAACUGUCAGGCUACCCGGUUCCUCCGAAGUCUCCGACCUACCUGUAAACUCCAACUCCCAUGAUUCAUCUGGUUCUGCCAGACCAACUAAUCACAAUCAGCUACACAGAUCUUCUUCCCCUGAGUUCGAACUGCUUUCACCUGUGCUCAUUAUCCCUGUUUGUAUAUAUACCUGUUUAUAUUAGAAACUCUUUGUGAAGUAUUGCCAUUAGACCUGUCCUUUGAGCGGUUUUUCUGUUUAUGCUUCCUGUGACCCUUUGACCCUUUCUGUCCCUCGUUUACUCUUCUGGAUUCUCCUUUGGACCUUCUCUGGCCUUUGACCCUUGCUUGCUUAUGUACCUUGAUCUCUGGUUCCUCAUGUACCUGUUUAUGGCUCUGUCCUGGCCUGGCCUGGCUUAUUGACAACCUGUUUGGUUAACACUUUUGUUAAUAAAA